AGCAAAGUAGCAACCGGCAACAGCCAAAACGACAUCACAAAGACUAAAAGUCGACACCUGCGUUUGAUGAAACUAUAACACUUCAGAUCCCUCUCACAGUAACUAUUGGAUCCAACUCAAAUCAGCGAAGAUGAGCCAAGUCUUUGAAGGGUAUGAGCGUCAAUACUGCGAUCUCUCUGCUAAUCUCUCCCGAAAAUGCACUUCCACUUCUCUUCUUUCUGAUCAAGAAGAAAAGCUGCAAAAGUUUUCUGAGAUCAAAACUGGACUUGAUGACGCAGAUGUUCUGAUUCGGAAGAUGGACCUUGAGGCAAGAAGUCUGCAGCCAAGUGUAAAAGCAAUGCUUCUUGCAAAGUUGAGGGAAUACAAAUCCGAUCUAAACAACUUGAAAAAAGAAUUUAAAAGGUUAACAUCUCCCACUGCUGAUCAGGCUGCCCGGGACGAUUUGUUGGAGACUGGAAGGGCGGACACACAUUUGGCAUCUGCUGAUCAGAGAGAAAGAUUAACUAUGUCAGUGGAGAGAUUGAAUCAGUCAAGUGAUAGAAUCCGGGAGAGCCACAGAACUGUGCUGGAGACCGAAGAGCUUGGUGUCUCAAUCCUCCAGGAUUUACACCAGCAACGCGAGACUCUCCUGAGCUCCCAUAAAAGGCUUCAUGGGGUAGAUAAUGCUAUUGACAAGAGUAAGAAGGUUUUAACUGCCAUGUCACGGAGAAUGACAAGAAACAAAUGGAUCCUUGCAUCUUUGAUUGGAGCUCUUAUUUUUGCAAUUGUUAUUAUUCUAUUUUACAAGCUAUCUCAUUAACUAACAUGCACAAGAUUCGUUAGCGUGUAAUUGAUCUUUUAUACUUUGUAUGUGCUUGGUUGUAUAUAGAAACCACAUAGGAUGUUUGUCAUAUUUCUGCAAUUGUUUCUCGAUUGUUACUUUUCAUGAUUGAGGUUUCUUUCAAAAAAUGAUUGGUGAAGUUGUCAUUGA